UAAUAAUAGAGCGCUGCCGAGUAAUGUACUGUGCGAGCACAAUACUAACUUAUACUCGUACAAUACUCGAGUACAAUCCUUGUGCAGCACAAUCUGAUUAAUCCAUUCCCGUCGCCUGCUCUUUCAUUUUCUCUUUCUCUUUCCCUUUUCUUUUUUAUCAUCUGCGAGCGAGCGCUAUCGACCAGGAAAACCCUACCCUACUCGUGGACGGUACUGUACUCGGAACUACACCCCGGGUACAGAAUUCUCCAAUAGCUAUCUUGACCCAACACCCCUCCAACCCAUCUUCCACACCGGGAACUCAUCAGAAAAUCCCCAACUUACGGUCGUCCGCUUAUCCACCUCCACCCUACCCAUCCACCCAUCCGUCUGACACCCCACCCCCCUCACCUACUUACCCUCCCUCACCUCCACUACCUCUAAAUCUCUCCACCACACAUCAAUUUCCCGUUCAAAAAUAUCUUCAUGGCCCAAGAACCCCGGACCCCAAGAAAAUGACCACAAAGUCCCUUUCCCCAACUUCCUCCGCCGCGACAACCACCACGGGUACGGCCACGGCCACGAGUUCAGGAGUUCACAAGCGUAGGAGAAAGCACGCCAAUGACGAUGGGUCGCAUGCUCCGCCCGCUAGUUUGGAUUCUCCGCCACCAGCGGUUGGGGUAGUACCGGCACAAGUUGUGAAGCCGGUCACGGCGACGGCCGCGGUGGCGACUUCGGGAUCUUCGUCUUUUCGGAACGUGUCCGCCUGCAAUCGGUGUCGGUUGAGAAAGAAUCGGUGCGAUCAGAGGUUGCCGGCUUGCUUGAGCUGCGAGAAGGCCAAUGUAAAGUGUGUGGGGUAUGAUCCGAUUACUAAGAGGGAGAUACCGAGGAGCUAUGUCCAUUACUUGGAGACCAGACUGGCCUAUCUCGAGUCGCUGUUGGCAAACAACAGUAUCCCCUUUCCGCCUGCUGAAUCUUUUCCGGACCUGGCUCCGCCGCCCCCUCCCCCCUCUCAAACUCCCACGACGGCGUCAUUCCUGUCACCGCCCAUAGCGACAGCAAAUCCGCCUGACGUCAAACGCAAGCCCCUCCCCAAUAACCCAGAAAACACGGAGGAUAAGAAGCUAGACAAUCUCGUGUCUGAUAUUGGUCUUGUCUCUUUUGCUGGCGCGAGUGACCCGAGGUAUCUGGGUUCCGCUUCCGGAAUCUCCUUCGCGAGGGUGGUGUUUGCCGCUGUGAAGAGUAGCGCUUCGGGGGCGGGCGGGUUAGGGAUUGGCGGGCCGAAGGAGGAAUUGGUACAGGAUGGCGACGAAGACACACAGAUGGGCGGAUCAUUUUUCGGCUUGCACACUAAACCUUCCAUCAUCCCUGCUCCCUUCCCUAGUAGGACGUUGGCAGAGAGGCUUGUAAAUCUGUAUUUCGAGUAUGCGAACCCUCAAAUACCCAUUUUGCACCGGGGGGAAUUCGCUGGUGUUAUAGAUAAGAUUUACGGAAGUGAGGAAGAGGUGGACUUCACGGCCAAUGGCGUCAAUGGGAGCUCGCUCGGCGGGACUCACAAAGAAAAGUACCUGCUAAAUAUUGUGUGUGCCAUCGGCGCAGGAAUUUUCUUGACAGGACCGAACGAUGGGGAUGAUGAGGGCCAUGAUCGUCAUGAAGCAGCGGGAGAGAACCCCGAUGGAUCCCCGAAGAUCAAGGUCGAAGGGGGGAGGAAACCCAAGAGAAGUUUCAAACAACUUGAACCAGAAUCCUAUCACGCUACAGCAAUGGUGCACCUAGAAGCCUUCUUGAGCCAGAGCAAGGGCGGCCUUGAGGAACUCCAAGCUGUCCUCCUACUUGCCGGAUAUGCUUUGCUCAGACCAGUUUCCCCGGGGUUGUGGUAUAUAGUUGGCGUUGCUGUGAGGCUCGCCGUGGAUCUGGGACUGCAUUACGAGGACGCGGAGGCAAUAGCGGCAAAAAGCGCAAAGAAGGACGGCAAAAGAGGGAAGCGUCAGUGGUCCAGAGAAUUGAGAAGACGUCUUUGGUGGUGCGUCUAUAGUCUCGAUAGACUGGUCAGCACCUGCGUUGGCCGGCCAUUUGGAAUUUCAGACGAAGUCGUCAGUACACAGUUUCCGUCACUCCUGGACGAUCAGUACAUCCACCCGACGGCUGGAAUAACCCCUCCUCCUCCGGGAAAGGAAUUGCCUUCCUACAAGACAAUAUCUCACCACUACUUCCGCCUCCGCCUGCUCCAGUCCGAAAUAUUACAGGUCUUGCAGCAACAGUCGCAUUCUCUUGCUUUCACCAGCACGUCUGGCGGUCCUGGCGCUGAGCCUCCGGUGCCAAAGACUUCAAGGAGCGAUAUCUAUCCUCCUCACCAUCCAUACCAUUUGCAAACCCCCUUCCUCCGCAACUUUGAGACUGUGCAGUGUUGGCACAAAGAUGUGGACCGCCGGCUGAAAGAAUGGAUUGACACAGCCCCGCAAUCUAAAGAGCAGACCGGAGUCUCGUUCUCCCUCGAGUUCUUACAGCUAAACUACUGGCAGGCUAAGAUAAUGCUCUAUCGGCCGUGCCUUUCCGUUCCGGUUCUUCUCGCGGGAGAGUUGGGGUCCAGCGGAAGUUCUUCGCGAGGAAGGGCAGCCGAGCGAGCUUUUGGAGGAGGAAAGGUCAGUGCGGAGGAGGAGGAGAGGAUUUAUUUGACUGUCGCGGAGGCGGGAAGCAAGGUCCUCCGACUAUAUAGGCAACUCCAUCGUGUCCACCAGGUGAACUAUACGUUCCUUGCUACCCACCACUUGUUCAUGGCUGGGAUCUCUUUCCUCUACACAAUCUGGCAUUCUCCAUUGGUUCGUUCACGCCUGACCAUGGACGAUGUAGAUUUUACCAUAUUAGCUGCUACCUCUGUCCUUGGAGAUUUAGUGGACAAAUGCCCUCCUGCUGAAGCUUGUCGUGAUGCAUUCGAGCGUAUGUCACGUGCAACUGUUCAAAUGUGCUUAGCAGGUGGCCAAGGGCCAAUGAGCAAAAUUGUACCGUCCGGAACAUUUGCACAUAGUGCUGGGGUUGCUGGAGCAACAGGGAUGAAUCGCGCAGGGAUGACGCAGUCAAGGCAACACCCAACGACGUUAAAAGAAGAGGACUACGAUGACGAUGAUGAUGAUGAAGAAGAAGGAGGAAUAGAAGAUGUUGCGCCCGGUUUCACCAAAGACUUUGAGAGCAUGACCAGGACAUUCGCCGGAUCCCGGCAACACGACGGCUAUGAGCCCAUGUCAGCAACCACCCCUCCUCCUACCACACGGGAACAGCAGGAAGAAGAUCAACUGAUGCAGGAACUAAAACAACAAGAACAACGUCAACAGGAGCAGCGACAGCAACAACGACAGCAGCAACAACGACAGCAGCAGCAGCAGCAGCAGCAACAAGCAGAGCAACGUAAAUGUCAACCCCACUUUGAUGAAGACUUUCGCGAAUUAUUCACUCCUGCCGCAGGAGGGGGAGGCAACACGGUCCCAAGUCUGCGCUUCAAUCAACAGCAGCUCCACCCCAGCAACCCCCACCAUCCCCAACCUGCAUCAGCCCCUUCCCCACAAUACGCCUUAUCACCAUCCCACAGCUUCGGACCGCAUCACCCGCUCACAUUCUCUUCUCCAACACACACGCACAACCAACUUCCACUCUCCUUGCAACAGCACUUCCCAUCUCCGCCCGUCGAUCAGGACGGGAUGAGCAUCGACCCGCAGCUCUCACAGCCAGUAGAUUGGGGAAAUCUGGAUAUGUCCGCGUUCGGACUUGGUAGCCUGGACUGGGAGGGUGAUGCGUGGAGCGAUAGCGGAAGUGCGGGGGGCGUGGCGGGGAGCGGGAACGCGGCGGGGCAAGGAAUGGAUCUUUUCGACGGAUUCUUUUUCGGCCCUGGCGGAGCCUGAAUGGAUGGAAUAGUAGAUUCUUUCGCAUCAUUUACCUAUUUUCCUUGACUGUUUUGGUGUGAGAGACGGCACCAGUCAAAGCAGAUGGGAAUUAGUUUUGUGUAUUAUUACGGAGCCUUCCUUCUCUCUUUAAUUUCCUCAACGUUAUACCACUCUCUCCCUUGCCAACGGUUUGCACACAUUAGUGUAUUGUUUUAGGACAUAUGGGACCUUUUUUUCUUCUCCUUUCUUUUCCUCUCUUUUCCCAUCCAGUUUGCCAUUAUACCCUCUUCGCGAAUCCUCAUUUCCUUUCCCCUCCAUCCAUCCAUCUCCCUCCUGUCAACAGUGCCCAAAGCACACCAGAUCAUAUCGACUAAGCUUUUUCUCUCUCUUUUCCUCUUUCUAAAAAACAAAAAAAGUGGGGGGGGUUUCUUGUCUGUUUUUGUCUGUUUUUUGUCUUUGGCACUCUGUUUCCUCGUUUCGUGGGGUAAAGUUUUGAUGGAAGUUUCGUAGAUAGUAGGAAUCAAGCGGGUGAGAAGAAC